AUGUUGCAGAUUAACAAGGUUCAGGGACAGAGGCAAGUGGGUUCCGUGCAACACGUUACCCAUCUGUUCAGCAAGUUGCUGGACAAAUGGGGGGAUGUCAUGGCGAUUCAAACUGCAGAGCCGAUGAUCGCCUUAGGGAAGGGGAAAAACAGCGCCAAAGAAAUUCGGAGUAUGCUGGAGUCGACCUGCAGGGCCUUCUUCGACCUGCAAGGAGUCCAGCUCCGUCCCGCCCCGGAUGCAGUCAUGACGACCCAUGAGGCUCGAGUGGUGGAGAGCACACCGGAACGGUCCGGGAAUACCAUGGAGCCGGCGGCACAAAACAGAUCCGAAGUGGUAGAGGGACAGAGAGACGUACCUGCCGCAAACCGGGACGCAAAUCCAAGAGUAGGGGAAAUUUCAUAUUCUCGCCGACCUGCACCGGGGGGUGCACUACUGAGUGGCCUGACAUCAAGUUUAGCAGAUGAAGGCGAGGAGGGUGUAGAAGAUCCACAGCUGCCAAGUCAGGUCGAACAGGCAGAGGAGCAGUGGAGGAAGGCGGCUGAUGAUAAGCGGAUGGCCGAAGCAGAAGCCAAGAGGAGACGGGCAGAAGAGAGGCAACGGCGCCGUGAUGGCGACACCGAUCCUACCGUCUCUUUCCCGAGAACUGGAGACAUACGUGAAGCAUGGGAGCGUGGGGCACGAGCCGCUGCAAGGGCACACGUGGGAGAGGCAGGAGAGGAGCUCGCCAGCAAUGUGCGGCAGCAUAUCGAGGAGGAUAGGGGAUACGUGAAAGUUUGCUUGCCCAGCGUAAAUCGGAAGGCGGCUGAAGAGGCCCGGAGAGGGGACGUCGACGUGCCAGAGAAUUCGGGAGAGGCGAAAAAGAAGGCGCAGAGCAACGCGGGUGCAAAGGCUCAUAAGAUGGCGGAGGUAGAGGCGCACCAGAAAGCAGAGGAUGCGGCCCAUCGGUUCGUCGAUGCAGAGGCGGCACUUAUGGCAGAGGACGGGGCGCCAAAGGAAGCAGAGGCUGCGGCGCAGCAGAAGGUGGGUGCAGAGGCGGUCAAGAGUGCGGAGGCAGUCGCGCGUAAAGAAGUGGGUGCAGCAGCAGAGCUGACGUCGGAGGCAGUCGAGCUGCAGGUGGUGGAGGCAGUGGCGCAGAAGGAAUCAGAGGCAACGGCGAGCCAGAAGGAUGAGGCAGCGGCGCAGCAUAAUGAUGAGGCAGACGCACAUAAGGAAUCAGCGGCAGCAGCGCAGCAGAAGGAUGAGGGUGCGGCGCCCAGGAUGGUUGAGGCAGAGGCGCAGAAGGAAUCAGAGGCAGCGGCGCAGCAGAAGGAGGAAGGUGCGGCGUUGAAGAUGGUUGAGGCAGAGGCGCAGAAGGAAUCAGAGGCAGCGGCGCAGCAGAAGGAGGAGGGUGCGGUGCCGAAGAUGGUUGAGGCAAAGGCGCACAAGGAAUCAGAGGCAGCGGCGCAGCAGAAGGAGGAGGGUGCCGCGCCGAAGAUGGUUGAGGCAGAGGCGCACAAGGAAUCAGAGGCAGCGGUGAGCCAGAAGGAUAAGGCAGCGGCGCUGCAUAUGGAGGAGGCAGACGCACAUAAGGAAGGAGAGGCACGAAAUAAGGCAGAAGCAGCGGCGCGGCAGAAGGCGGAGGCAGAGGAGCAGAAACAGGCUGCGGAAGAGGCGCUACAACUGGCUCGGGCAGAAGCGCGGAAGAAGGCUGUUGUAGAGGCGCGGCAGAAGGCGGAUGGUGAGGCGCAGAAGAUGGCAGAGGCCGAGGAGCAGAAGCAGGCUGAGGCAGACGCACGUAGGAAGCCAGAUGGAGAGGAGGGUUUAGAUGGGAAUAAAAUGAUACAGACAGAGGGACGGGAGACGGUGGGUGCUGAGGGGCACAUCAUCGCAGAGGAAGAGGGGCAGCAUGACGAGGAGGCAGCGUCGCAGGUAUUCGCAUACCGAGAGACGCAGAGCAUGGCAGAGACAGAGCGUCAAAAUACUAUGGAGGAGGUUCGUGUGGUCCCGGAGGCUGGAGUGGGGCACUACGAGGGAGAUGCGCUGGAAACAGAAGAGGAGCAGAAUGAGGAGGAUACGGUACAUCCGGCAGUCCGGAUAUUUUUGGGAGGAAGUACGACGCGGGGACCAGGAACCAGGGUAGAGGGGCCAUGGAGGGUGGCAGACAUUGCGGCGCCUAGGGAUACAGUGGAUCUCAACAGGCAGAGGCGGCCUACCCUUCACCAGAGAGCAGUGGAGAGGAAUCUCGGCCAAGGCGGGGUGGCAGAAGCGUUUCGGCAGGUAGAGUGGGUCGAGGCAGAGACGGCAAUACGGCGGAUGCUGCAGCGCACGAGUGUAGUCCUAGUCGAACAAGGUGACAGGUUCGUCGAGGCCGAAAGCUGGGACAUAAGCCCGGCAGAGGUAACGCGUCGUCUGACGCUCUUAGCCCGAAUGGUGACGCAGACGUUCUGCAACUUGGCGGCCCGCAACAGCAGCAUCAGUCGCGACGUGGCCGAUCUGAUCGUCCAUUACUGCCGCGACGCCCUGGCCAACCUAGAAGAAGUCCGCCAUGGAAACGGGGAACGGUGGCGCCAAGCUGAAACGGCGGCCAGGUUUCGCGAGCAGGUGGACACGAGACUCUCCAGCUUGUGGGAGAGUAUCGUAAGGGUGAGUGAUCAGGCUCGCCAGUCGGGAGGGGGGAUGGCGGAGGGCACGUUAAGGGGGGUGGAAGAGAGGUUGAGAGAGGUUCUGAGAGAAGACUCUGAGCGGCGGAACAGGGAUAGACUGCAGGACGAGGAGCGGAGGCAGAAGGCCACGAGGAAGGAAGCAGACGCCGCAGAGAGACGGAAGAAGGAACAACAGCAGGAGGAAGAGCGUCGGCAGAAGGAGAUGAGAGAGGGAAUGAAGGAGAUGAAGGAGGCGAUGAUGAAGGAGAUGAAGGCAGAAAUGAAGGAGAUGAAGGAUGGGAUGGUAAACCAGAUUGUGGGGAGGCUGAGCGCGGUUUUGCGAGAAGAAUCUGAGCGGCAGAAGAAGGCGAGGCAAGAGGACGUGGAGCGGCAACAACAGCAGGACGCGAAGAGGAAACAAGUGGCGGACGAUGAGGAGAGACAGAAGAAGAAACAACUGGAUGAGCAAUGGCGGAAGGAGGAGGAGGAGAAGAGGAAGGAUGUAGAGGCCACAGAGCGGCGGAGGAAGAAGAAACAUCAGGAGGAAGAGCGACGGCAGAAGGAGGUGGAGGCGGGAAUGAAGGAAGUGAUGGAGGCUGUGAAGGAGAUGAAGACGGGGAUGAAGGGGUGGAAGGAGGGGAAGCUAUGUGAGGUGGAAAAGCGGCUGUCAGUAGUUCUGAGAUUGGACGCAGAGAGGCGGCAAAAAGAGGAGCAGGGUAGGAAGGCAACGGAGGGAGAUCGGCGACAGAAGGAGGAUGCGCAGAGGAAGGAGGCUGAGGAGAGGAAGGAGGCAGAGGAAGCAAAGCGGGUGGAGAGGGAGAAACAGCAGGAGAUGGCGCGCCUGCAGAAGGAGGAGGCGCAGCGGAAAGAUGCAGAGGAGGCCGAGAGGCAAGAGAGGGAGAAACAGCAGGAGAUGGCGCGCCUGCAGAAGGAGGAGAGGCAGAGGAAGGAGGCAGAGGAGGUAGAUCGGCAUCAGAGGGCGAAACAGCAGGAAUUGGACCGCCUGCAGAAGGAGGAGGCGCAGAAGAAGGAGGCAGAGGAGGCCGAGCGGCAGCAGUGGGCGAAACAGCAGGAGAUGGAGCGCCUGCAGAAGGAGGAGGCGCAGAAGAAGGAGGCAAAAGAGGCCGAGCGGUAG